ACCUCCAGUGCGCACAUUCUUAUUCCACAAUUCAUUUUUAUUAUUUUGAAAACAUCAUGGGAAAGAAAAACAAUAUGGGGGGAGGAUCCAUCUUUGCUGCUUACAUGGCUGCUCUACCAGAACAAGCAGUCAAUUCGGUAGACGAAGAAAAAUACUUGCCAGAUUCAAUGAAAGCAUCAACCCUUCUAGAGCAAAUUGGAGCCGAAAGGUCAUGGUCUCCAAGAGAUAUUGAACGGGAUGUGGCCAUUUUGGAUAGAAACAGACUCUACACUAUCAAAGAUCUACGGAUCCUCUCACCUCAGAGCUGGAAGGAAAUUGAAUUACUCCCAAUUGUUAAGGACCUAUUGCGUCAAGCAGUCAAUCCAGCAGUUGAUUAUUACAAGCUAAAGAAAGAGAAGAAAAAGGCUAAAAAAGAAAAGAAGAAGCGCAAGCUACAGGAAAAACAGUUAAAAAAGAUGGAGAAAAUGAAUUUAAAGGAUAGGGAUGAUGGAGUGACAAAUGAUAAUGAACAAACCACUAGUGCUGGUGUUGAUGCUGGUGAUAGUGAAUUAUCAGAGACCAAACAACCUGCAGAAGGAUUAGUUACUAUUCACAAGGCGGGAAAGGAAAAAUCGCUUAAGGAUAAAGACAGGAGUAAGGGCGAUGGAGACUCCUCAUCAUCUUCUUCCUCCUCUUCCUCCUCGUCCUCUUCUUCCUCCUCUUCAGACUCUGAGGUAGAGAUGGAAGCCAAGAAACCCAAGAUGUCAGCCAGUCAAUUACCCAUGCUCAAGACGCCCGGUAAUUCGGCGCUGCUCCCAGGUCCAGGUCGGAUCCAGCCUAUGGGCAAUCGUAUUCGUGUUACAGCAGGCAACGGAACCACAUACGAGGUGGACCGAUACUGCCCACAUAAACAUGUUGAUCUUGCCACGAAGGGCGUUGUCGUGGGUAAUACACUCUACUGUAACAAACAUAACUGGGCAUUUGCGCUAGAUAAUAGGGGCUACUGCAGCAAACACGGCGCCACCAUUAAUGCAUGCAAAGUCGAUUGGUAG